UUGGCAGGCAGGGGCCAGGUGUCCUGGAAUAAGUGCGGCCCGGGGGCAGACUGGCUGCCCGGCGGCAGGCAGAAGGUCUGCGAGCAGAUGGGGUCCGAUGUCCGAGAUCUCAACGCGCUGCUGCCCUCCGUGCCCUCCCUGCCGGGCAACAGCAACUGCACCAUGCCGGUGAGCAGCGCGGCGCAGUGGGCGCCCGUCCUGGACUUCCCCCCGGGAGCCUCGUACGGCUCGCUGGGGCCGCACUCCUUCAUCAAGCAGGAGCCGAGCUGGAACGGGUCGGACCCGCACGAGGAGCAGUACCUGAGCGCCUUCACCGUCCACUUCUCGGGCCAGUUCACAGGCACGGCCGGGGCUUGCCGCUACGGGCCCUUCGGCGCGCCGCCGCCCAGCCAGCCGCCCUCCAGCCAGGCUAGGAUGUUCCCCAACGGGCCCUACCUGCCCAACUGCCUGGAGAGCCAGCAAGCCAUCCGGAACCAGGGUUACAGCACCGUGGCGUUUGAUGGGACUCCGAGCUAUGGCCACACGCCGUCUCACCACGCUGCGCAGUUUACAAACCACUCUUUCAAGCACGAGGACCCCAUCACCCAGCAGACCUCGCUAGGUGACCAGCAGUACUCGGUGCCCCCCCCGGUGUACGGCUGUCACACGCCCACAGACAGCUGCACGGGCAGUCAGGCCCUGCUCCUCCGGACCCCCUACAACAGUGACAAUUUAUACCAAAUGACCUCACAGCUUGAAUGCAUGACAUGGAAUCAAAUGAACUUGGGAUCUACAUUAAAGGGCCAUACAGCAGGAUAUGAAAAUGAGAACCACAGUGCUCCUAUGUUAUACAGCUGUGGGGCCCAAUACAGAAUACACACCCACGGAGUUUUUAGAGGCAUACAAGAUGUCCGACGGGUGCCAGGAGUAGCUCCAGCUAUUGUCCGAUCAGCAAGUGAGACAAAUGAAAAACGUCCCUUCAUGUGUGCAUACCCUGGCUGUAACAAGCGAUACUUUAAGUUGUCCCAUUUACAGAUGCACAGCAGAAAGCACACUGGUGAAAAACCCUAUCAGUGUGAUUUUAAGGACUGUGAACGAAGGUUUUCUCGUUCAGACCAACUCAAACGGCACCAAAGACGACACACAGGUGUGAAACCCUUCCAGUGUAAAACCUGUCAGAGAAAGUUCUCCAGAUCCGAUCACCUGAAGACUCAUACCAGGACUCAUACAGGUAAAACAAGUACCACCAGCACUGAUGACCACUAGUUAACCUGUCCAGGUCUUGACCACAAUUUAUCCAUCUCACUUGGGAAUCAUACUGGCAACAGAAAACAGUGUCAAGUUUCAUAUUGUGCUAUAAAACAGUUGCUUCAAUCGUUCGUCUUCUUACAAAAGUAUUCCUUUUCUUUGGACCUGUAAGAUUUGUAUAAAAACUUUAUAGCAUAGUAAAAUACAGUUUAAAAAUAGAAGUUUUGGCCUUCUGUAGAACUGCACUGAAACCAUAAGCACAGAUAACUUUUUAGAUUAGGCUGUCAUAGACUGACUUUUAAGUAAAAGUUAACUUAGAGUUGGGGUGGCUUAUAUCAGUUCAGCAGGUUGAAAAAGACAGUCUUUCUUAGAUGA